AGGGAUCUCUUGCUGCUACAAUUUGUAGAAAUGAGCUCUCACAAUUAUAUUCAGAGUUUAUUGUGCCUCUCCCUGCCUGCCCCCCUUCCCACUCCCCCCAUCCCCACCCCCUGCCCUGAGUGUGUGUGUGCAGAGAGCUGGAGAAAGCUGGCAGCACUACCUGAAUAGCUCCUGAGAGAGUGAGACUUCUCAUCUCCUGCUUCAUUUCGGGGCAGCAGCUAUUCCAGCGUGUGCGAGCUCCUGCCCGCAUCCUCCCAUCGGAAGCGCUUGGUCAGGUUCCAGUUGCCUUUCAAAUGGUACAGGGCAUCUUGACUUCCCAGGACGCAGAGGAGCAGGGUUUCAUUUUCCUUCACCAAUACUUCAAGGCACAAAGGAGCUGGUAAAGGCAUUGCCAUGAAACCGAACUUGAAGCAAUGGAAACAACUCAUGCUCUUCGGUAUCUUUGCAUGGGGCCUGCUUUUCUUGGUGAUAUUCAUCUAUUUUACAGAUAGCAACACUGCUGAACCAGUUCCAAGUUCCUUUUCUUACAUUGAAACUAAGAGACUUCUGCCCCUUCAGGGCAAGCAGAGAGUCAUCAUGGGAGCCAUUCAUGACCCAUCGUUCUCCGAAACCAUUGAUGGGAAUGAGGUUCUUCUAAAUGAAGAUCUCCUAGGUACUUUUAAGUCAGGGACUGGAAAUUCUAAGAAAUGGACUGUAUUGGAAGAGGCCUUUAGAAAUGAAGAUGAGUUUUUUCCACCCCAGUUAGGAAGAAAAUCAAAAAGUGCUUUCUACCAAGUGAACGAUGAUUAUUUAUUUGCUGCUGGUCAGCCGUCACACCACCACCUUCAAGAGAUAGAAAAAUUCAUUUCAGCUGACAUGAAUAAUCCCAAAGGAAAUACUUUACAGAACAACUGGAGCCAUCAGAGAAGAAUGAGGAGAAGGAGCACAAAGCAUAGGAGAGGCCAGAUGCUUGAUGAAUCUGAUGACUGGGAUGGGCUGUAUUCCACAAUGUCGAAAUCCUUUCUUUACAAGCUCUGGAAAGGGGAUGUCUCUUCCAAGAUGCUGAACCCUCGACUGCAGAAGGCGAUGAAAGAUUAUUUGAGUACCAACAAGCACGGGGUGCGGUUCAAGGGGAAACGAAACUCCAAGCUGACAGGAGACCAGCUAUUCUGUGAGCUAAAAGAAAGAGUGAAUGUGAAAACAAUAGAUGGCAAGGAGGCUCCCUUCUCCACUCUUGGAUGGGAAAAGCACGUUCCCCAGAUUCCACUGGGCAAAUUAUAUACACAUGGCUUUGGGAGCUGUGCAGUAGUUAUGUCUGCUGGUGCAAUACUGAACUCCUCUCUAGGGGAUGAAAUAGAUUCUCAUGAUGCUGUUUUAAGAUUUAAUUCUGCUCCAACCCGUGGCUAUGAGAAAGAUGUUGGAAAUAAAACAACCAUGCGCAUCAUUAAUUCUCAGAUUCUCACCAAUCCAAACCAUCACUUUGUUGACAGCUCCUUGUAUAAAGAUGUUAUCUUAGUAGCCUGGGAUCCUGCUCCCUACUCUGCAAACCUGAAUGUGUGGUAUAAGAAGCCAGACUACAAUCUGUUCACUCCCUACGUACAGCAUCGCAGGAAGAAUCCAACCCAGCCAUUCUACAUCCUCCAUCCAAAGUUUAUAUGGCAGCUCUGGGACAUCAUUCAGGAGAACACUAAAGAGAAGAUACAGCCCAACCCUCCUUCUUCAGGGUUUAUUGGCAUCCUCAUCAUGAUGUCCAUGUGCAGGGAGGUGCACGUGUACGAGUACAUCCCCUCGGUGCGGCAGACCGACCUGUGCCACUACCACGAGCUCUACUACGACGCAGCCUGCACGCUGGGCGCCUACCACCCGCUGCUCUACGAGAAGCUGCUGGUGCAGAGGAUGAACAAAGGGCUGCAGGAUGACCUCUACCGCAAGGGGAAGGUCAUUCUGCCAGGGUUCAGAGCUGUCCAGUGCCCCAAACGAAACGAUUUCUCACACUUGUAGAAGCGAGUCUUGCGGACACCACGUGCAAUAAGGUACUACUGUCGUACUAUAAACAAGAAGAGAAUACUUGAAAAAAUAUGUCUUAGACCAAUCUAGUCUUGAGUCUAUAAAUUGUAAUUAAGUAGCAGGCAUGAGAAAUACUUCUUUUCUGAGCCUGAGUAUUUAUUACUGCUUUGCAAAUAGUUACAGAAAAAAAGCAAAGGCUUAGCUCAUGAAGGUGCAAAGGACAUAGUUAGGCAGAAAUAUAAUGUAUUGUUGGUGUGACUGUCAGAAUUUGUCGGUGGUCUCAUGCCACGUAUGCUAGACUGUAAUUUUUUUUUAAAAUGAAUUUAUUUAAUUGUCAAACCUGGCAUUGUAAAACAGCCUCUAUUGUUCAUGUAUGUAGAGAGCAGCCAAUUGAACAAUGCAGCAUUUCCCAUGGCUCCACGGGAUUUUCACACUCUCCCAGAAUGAAAUAAUUGCUGCUCCAAGCUGUGCAGUCAUUCACCAGAGCAGAAUUUAGUGCCUGUUCCUCUGCAGGCCCAGCUCCAGCCCUUCUGCUGAACUGGGGCUAAGGGUGGUCCUGAAGUGCAUGCAGCUGGGGAUGGCUGUACACAGCUAAACCAGUUAAACUACUGGAUGUAUUUUUGGAUGCCACUCUCUCAUGCUCACACUGACUGAAGAGGGAAGAGAGAAAUGCUUCAUUUCUUGAGAGAAAAAAAGAGCAUAUUUGUAACCCAAUUAGGAAGAAAAGCUCUCCCUGAAAGGACUAUCAGGAAGGUGAGAGAUGGAAAUGCUGCCUUCCCCCAGUCUGCACAGAAACAAAAGGUCCAGAGAAAGCCAAGGGAGGCUGUGCAGCAUUCACCCAUCACACUGAAAGCAAGCACAGAGGGAACUCACCUCUUGUCAACAAAGAUAGCAUUCAGGAAUUACAGACAUAUAGACAUUACAUAAUACAGACAUUAUUUGUUAGGUAUUUCAUUGGUAUCUGAAUCAAAGGCACUUGUUCACAAGUUCUUGCUGUUCAGAAAGGAGAAGUUUUCUGACAAAAGAAGAUGUUAUCAGCAUUUUUUACUUAAUGCUUGAAAGACCAUAACCCAGAAAAGCAGUAAUGCCUGGAAAAAACCUGACUAUGGACUGCAUAAGGAGAUGGUUUGAUAUUUUCAUUCAUAACACAUAAGGACAAUAUUCUUUAAGGCAAUUCUAAAAGUUAAUGGUCUGGAGUGGUUUUCUCAGGUUUUUUUGGGGUUUUUUUUGGUUUGGUUUUUUCCCACCUGACUGUAGAUUUUCUUUUAGAGUAAGUUCAGCAGGAAUAUGUGUACACAAAAGCACAGCUAUAUCCUACUCAUGUCCAUCCAGUAAAAAAGCAGACAGCUCAAACUGACUGGUUGUGGUGGAAAGUUUUUUUUUGUGUUUUGACUUAAGCAAAAAGCCUUUUGCCAGAAAGGAAAAAAAAAACCAAACAAACCAAACAACAUUAAUGACUAUUUCACCUUCAAUUGUAAUGUAAGUAUAAUCACAGAAUCCUUUUUCUCACACUCAGCUCUUUGGGAAGUACUAGGAAGGAUUUUUUGGAAGGAUCAUUUUCCUUCCUCAAAAUGAAGGAUAUAUGUCUUACAUAGGGACUUAGCUUUCUUUUUGGGCUUUAUGAUGAUCUUAAGUUUCUUCUUGUUGACAGAAAUUAUGUGUAGAUGAUCAUAUACUGUACUUCUGUGUUGUAUGGAUUGUUAUGUCCAUAAGGCAUUUUGGAACACAUCAAAAUUAACAGAUUUUACUCAUACUAGCCUUGGACUCUGGAUAUAGUACAUGCCAAUUUCUUUUUAAUGUUAUGUGUGGUGGCAGCUUUUAUUCUUGAAGUUAAUAACGUUGUUAUUUAAAUGCAUGGAGGACAGAUAGCCUACACAGAACUAAUCUAUUUUUCCAUAUGUUUGGUACUCUGUUUGCAAAACAUAAGCAGUCUGAACAGUGCAAUGAAAUAUGUCUCUCUCUGCUGUACCCUGGGUUAGCUAUGACAUAACUGUAAAGGAAGAGAGUUCUGCUUUCUAAGAGAUUAGUGAAUAUACUACUUUUAAUAAGCAGGAAAUUCUAGAGUUCCAAAAAGAAAAAAAAAAAUCACUUUGACUGGCCUGCAACCACUAACUUUUAACUUUGAUUUUCAUAAAGAAGAAAAAUACUAAUUGCAUUGCUCAACUACCCACAGCAGGAUUAUGUAGUAUUAUUUAUUCUUUCAAUAAUUUGUCACAAUAAUCAACAUAGCUGUUGGUUAUACAGAACAAGGCAAAUUUAUAAAGUUUCAUGUAACAAGUGCUAAGCAUACCUACUUAGUACAUCAUUUAUAUAUCAAUGCAGAACCAGAUCUGAGAUGUUAUAUAAUGAACUGUAUAUUUUUAAUUUACUGGGCUGCACACUCGAGCCUUUGCAGCCAAAAUUUUCUCUUUGCCAUAUCCUUCUUUAUAUGGCCGUCAGUCCUCCUUCCACAAGUGCAAAUGAGGUUGUAGCACCAUCACCUCAGAAGAUGCUGCAGCAGUUUGCUCACAGAGGAGGAAGACCAACCUGUGAUGCCACCUUUAUAAAAUGAGCCUGGAAUGGCUUUCUAACACUGGUUUUCACUGUGAUGUUUUACUGUCUGCCUGCUCAAACACAUUGUGCUUGUUUAAAGAGCAUUUUCUCUCCUACCUUGUCUUGUCCUAAUUCAGCUUUUGGCACAAGUGCAAGUGUGUUUGAUCUGUUAAUUGAGGGCUCCUCUCUACUUGCAAGGGACAGAAGCUGCUCCUCUCACCACUUCUUACCCUCUGUGGCAUUGGCAUUGCUGGCAUUUAUAAAAGCCCUCCAAGAGUUUUUGAAUUAAUGGGCAUUUCCCCAUCCCUUGUGAGGGCAGAGAAAUGUUUGCAAAGAACCACAUUCAGUAAUUUUAAAACAGUCAAUGUGUAAUAACACUGAACCAUGGCUCCUCUAAAAAUAACGAGUGAGAGUGCUGCUUUUAAAUGCAGCAGUGUGUAAGGGAAGUGUAUUCUUUCACCCAGAUCAUGGGACUUUUUGGGGAAAAGAUAGAGGCAUGGCUUCAUAGCUCUCCCAUGUGGCUGUCACACACUAACAGAGUGGGACAGCACCACACAAGAGAGGUUUGCACAAACCUGCUGCACCUGAGGUGCCUCAUCAGCCAAGCAGCUGCCUCUGCCAUUGGGCCCCUGAGCUCCCUUUGCACUUGUGGGCUUUAAAUUUAUGGAAUUUUACUGACAAGUAGGAACAAGUUGCCUUCAAACACUAUCAAGCCUUGUUUCUGUGCCCUGGUGCUGUGGACAACAGUUAAAGUUAGCUGAGACAAACCAGAAACACAGCAGCAGCCUAAGGAAAUGUGCUGAGUUUGUGCUGAAUUUAAUUAUGCUCUUCUUUCCCCACUGUGAAUUCUGUAACUUUUCUGACUUGAGGUGCUCUAUCAUUUUAUGCAUUUAGUUUUGGAUGGUAAAAUCGAGGUAUUCUUUUGUUCAAUCAAGGAAAAAAAAUUACAAAAUAUUUUGCCUCACUUUGAGCCAAAAUCGUUUUACUAGAAAAACCACAUUAUUUUGUUUCACUUCUCUAUAGUUCUAAAGGUUACCUCAGCAUAAACUCACAGCUCAGUCCUUCCUUGGAAUGAACUACUACAUCAUUUUUUACCUUGUUAUGCCAUUUUAUGCUGUAGAAACUCUGGUAAAUUCAGUGAAAUUACCAUGAUGUAAGAGAGAGGGGUGAUAUAAACACUCUAAUGGACACUCUCACUGUACAAAUUUAAUUUAAGCUUUGCUUGUCUUUGGUCAAGACACUUUCUUUGGUGAAGACAUAUGAAUUCUGAACUUGUUGCUGUAGAUCUCUUGCCAAAGUCAUAAAAACCAAAAGAGUUGUUUGUUUUGUUUUUUAAAUGAAGUGUCUACACUCACUGGUUGCACAGACUGAGCACAGUCAUUUUAGAGUCUGAAUUAAACAGGAGUUCAAAACACAUGUGGAGCAAUCCCUAGUGGGGUUUUAAAUUUCCUUUUUCUUCAGAAGUUUUUAAGGAUGGAAAAUGCCAUUUGGACAGUGACACAGAUGUACUUUGAAAGGAGUAUUAAAUGCAUUGACUGCAACAAUAAAUGGUUACUAUUUUUCCCUUCAUGCUUUCUAAAGUUGAUGCAUAUUUAAAUGAAAUCCUGCUUUGAAGUAGGCAAUUCAGAAGCCUGCUGUUAAAAUGAUUUGAAUCUUUCCCAGCAUCUAUCCUCACACACAAUGAGGAUACCUGAUUUAACUGAAAUCUAAAGUAACCCAUGUUGAGGGUAUGUGAAUCACUUAAUGAAUUUUGACAGUGCUGAUGUCUUCUCUCUGGCUUAGCAAUCAGAUUCAGAAUUUUGUUCCUGAAAUAAGAGUUGUGUGUAAAAGCCUUACUUUUUUUUCAUAUCAUCUCAUCGCUCUUAAAAUAUGUAUUCAUUGAACUAUUCAAAUAUAAACUGUGUACUUUUUUAAUAGCUUUGAGAAUUAUUUUGUAUGAUGAUUUUUUUAAAUGAAUGUGUACUCUAAUAACAAACCUUAAGAUUUUACAGGAGUCACAUUUUUAAGCAGUGUUUGUAUACAUUUUAACACUUUUUAUAUUUUCUAUUAUG